CACGUGUCCUAUCCAAAAUUCCAGGCACGGUUUUAUGAUGAGGAUUCGUAUGAUUUCUCGUAAUCCAUCGGAUUACAAAAGAGAGACAUCAGAUGAUAUCUUUAAGAUUCGAAGAAAUUAUGCUCCAAAUAUCCAUCCAUUUACACUUGAAAGAGAGUAUGUGAGAGCAACAAACUCCGCAAAAUUGGAGAAAGUCAUGGCAAAGCCAUUUUUGGGUUGUCUACAAGGAACAACUGAUUCGGUUGGUAUAAUAUCACUUAAUCCGGAGACACUGGGUUUGGCUGUUUUAGGAACAGCAGAUGGAAAUGCAAGUUGCUUUUGUUUAAUGUAUAGAUUCAAUACUGGGAUGUGUCUAACAGAAAACUCAUUCUUGAAUCCAAAGCGCAUGAGAGCGAAGUUAGAGGAAUAUGCUACUUUAACAACUCACGUUUGA